AUGGACCAGCUCGGGAGAUUCAUUCACUCAGAUGCUAAAGGAAUAUCAGAAAAGAUACGAUUGUCCUUAAUAAAGAAACUGCUGCCACAUUUGGAAGACAGAAGAAAGUACCAUCAGGAGUUUGCCUCAUCCACUUCGUUUCAUGGAGUGCAUAACAUUGUCCAAACACAGAGCAAGACUCGCAAAAUGCUGUGGCUGCUAGUAGUCACAGGCUGUCUUGCCAUUGUUAUUUGGCAAGUCUGCAGUCGCUUCAUCUACUACUUCAGCUGGCCAACCACAACUACUGUGGUGGUUCAGUAUGUGGAAAACGUCAAAUUUCCUGCCGUGACUUUUUGCAACUUGAACAGGUUUCAAGCUCAUGCAGUGAGCAACCUCAAAAUAAUUUUUUUAAUUUGGAACAUUGUGACUGGAGCUCUCCCAAAAUUUGCUAUGAAAAAUAAAUAUUCUCAAGAGCUACACGAUUUCGUUCUUGGGAACCAGAACUUCAGCAUCAGAGAGUUUACAAGGAAAAAUGGGUUCUAUCUGAACAGCAGCACACUGCUAGAAUGUGAAUUUUUUGGAAAGCCCUGUUACCCACAGGAUUUUGAACAUGUUUUCACUGAAUACGGAAACUGCUUUACUUUUAAUCAUGAUAAUAUUCCAGCAAGAAGAGUGAGUUUGUCCGGAAGAGGCUUACAUUUACUUUUUGAUGUCCAACAGGAACAAUUCACUGAUGAACCUGAUCUCGGUUAUUCUGACACUGGUAUAACUUUUGUUAUCCAUUCACCCAAAGAGCUUCCACACUUUGAUGGUUUAGGUUUAUUAACACCAGUUGGCAUGCAUGCACGAGUCGCAAUCCGCCACCUGAAGUCAAUUAUCCAAGAAUACCCGUGGGGAGAAUGCAAGCCUGAUAUAAAGCUUCAGUACCACAAGAUUUAUACUACUAAUGGAUGUUUGGGAAAAGAAUGCAGAGCACGGUAUAUUCAGGACUGGUGUGGCUGUUUGCCUUUCAUUCUUCCGGGAAAUGGCACAGAAUGUGAUUUGCUGAAGUUUUACAAUUGCGUUUAUCCAGCAGUCUAUAAUAUAGAGAUAAAAGGAUUAUGUACAGUAGGAACCCACAAUUCCACUUGCCCUGCCCCAUGUGAAGAAACAGAUUAUCCCACAACUGUCACGUAUUCAAGUUUUGGAGGAAAAAAAGCCAUAAAAUACUUCUCUGCAAAACUGAAGAAAAGCCCAGAAUACAUCAGGCAGAACCUUGUGCAUAUUGACAUCAAAUACCAUGAUCUGAGUUACAAAAUAACACAGCAGCAGAAGGCCUUGACUAUAUCUGGGUUGCUAGCUGAUGUAGGUGGCCAGCUUGGAUUGUUUUGUGGUGCCAGUAUGAUUACAAUCAUAGAACUGCUCGAGUACAUUUUUACUAACUUCUGUUGGAUGUGCAUCUUUCUUCUACUGAAAGCUCCUGAAAUGCCUCAGUGGAACAAUCCAUCCCAGAACCAACCAACACAUGAGGAAAAAAAGAUGGGAAUACAAGAAUGCUAG